GUCUUGUGGUUGCAAUUGUUAUCUUGCCUGCGUAGUUAAGUUUCCAUUUCUGUUGUCCAGAUGGCUCUUAAAAUGUACAAGCUUACUGGUGAAGAAAGAUUCUUGCUCUGGGCCGUUUGCGCUGUGUAUUUGCAGAUUUCAUGUGGCAAUGGUGAGGAGAACCUUUUCCGCAUGGCAGAAGGGCUACUUAAAAAACAUAUUUCUUCUUAUGGUUUGCAUGAGCUAGAAGCUCUUAAGGUUUACCUGAAACUGUUGGAAGAGCAACAAAAAUUUGGAGAUGCAUUGGAGAUUCUUAAUGGACAAUUAGGCUCACUUAUGACGAGUGAAGUAGAUAAACUACAACUGCAGGGGAGGCUUCUUGCUAAGCUUGGAGAUUAUGCUGGUGCAACAAAUGUAUUUUGCAAAGUAGUGGAAUUACGUCCUGAUGACUGGGCUUGCUUCCAGCGUUACCUUGGAGGUCUACUGGAGGAUGGUAGGUUUUUCACCAAAAUGUCUGGUGCCGUGCAUCCCUAUACCAAGCAGCAGAAUUUAAGCUUAUCUGAGGAAGUUUUUGAUUCACGUAUAUCAAAUGCUGUGACCCUUGUAGAGAAAUUAAUGGCUAAGCAUGAACAAAGUAUUCCAAGAUGUUUAUACUUAGCAAAAGUUGAAAUUGGAAGGAUUAAACUUCUGUUUGGGAGAGGAGAUGCUGAUGUAAUAGUUGAAGAUCUAGUGCAGUAUUUUAUGAGGUUUGGUCACUUCGGUUGCUUAAUGUCAGAGAUUACAAUGUUAGUUGAAGUUCUUGAUCAUGAUAGAAAGAGCUUGCUAUUGAAGAAAUUAUUGGAGUGUUGUGACGCUAGCAACAACUUACCAAUUAAAGCACUUGGGCAGUCAAUUUCUAUUCUGAAACUUCGGGACAUGAUUGACGACAACAUGCAAACUCUUUCGAUUGAGGACCUUAAAGACCAGGCUUCUCAGGUGAUUGAAAAGUUCUUGAAUGCAACAGAUGCAGAGGGAAACAAGUAUCGUAAUGAUCUGUUGGGAGUGGCAUCUAAGACUUUGAUCAAGCUUUUCCAACGCACAGGAGAUCUUGGUUAUUUGAUUGAGUCAACUAUGCUGCUGGAGUUCGGUUUGCUUAUCCGAGGGAAUGUGGACAUGUAUAAGUUUGUAUUGAUGCGGGUAUACUCCUGUUGGAACUCUCUUCCAUUAGCUUUCGAGUGCUAUAAAUACGUGGACAUGAAAAAAGCAUUUCUGAGCUCAAUAAGUCAGUAUAUUGUAUCACAGAUUAUAAUAGCUGUUUUGUGGCCCGAAAUGGAUGAUUUCAUUGGGGCCUUCAUGAAAUUUAUGGAUGAUGAGCUUAAAGAAUCUGCAGACCGAACAUUCCUUGCAUAUUACAGCAGGAACUAUUCCCAUGCGCUUAGAUUUGUCCAAAAUAGUGAUAAACUGCUGCAUUCCGUUCUGUACUCCAUGCUGAGGAUUGAAGUGCCUAUUUUACAGCUGAAGAAGAAUUCCAAUAAUAUUGAAGUCUUGAAGGAGAAGUUAGAGAUUACAGAAUGGGGCGUUGCCUGUCUUGGGGUAGCAACUGGGAUCAUAAGCAAACCUAUGGCCACUUCACAGGACUUGAAGCGGCAUCCUUGCUGGACACCAACUAAUAGUAAAAAAAUCAUGUUGGGUCUAUUUGAAGGGGCAUCACAUUUUCCACGAGAAAGCAGGGAUAAUUGUGAUUCAGAAUUAGAAGCACAUUUUCAUAAGACCUUGCUCCUGCGAUCCCUUAUUCCACGGUUGCUUUAUUUGUCAUUGCGUUCUGCUUCAGAGUCAAUAGAAGAUAUUAUUGAAGUUGAUGAAUUAGUUCUUAAUUCGAAUCUCUCCACAGAGCUCAAAACUCUGCUGGAACGCUUUGCUCGAACCUUGGAAUUUCCUUUCUUGAAUGCCGUUGAACUGAUUCUUGGAGUUUCCAUAAGUCAGAAAUCUUUUGAGGAACUAGAGCCAGAUGUCUCUUUGUGGAUGAGUUUUGCUGUAUUUCUGAAUGGUUGGAAUAUGCAAUCUCAUGAGAUAAGGAUUUCCAGCACAGAGCCUUCAACCUUGAGCACCUGGCAUCUCGUAAACUCCUUGCUCAAGAAAAGUGUUGAAGAGAAGAUCAAAUCUGCAAGUCCUAUAACCACUUCUCCCGGAUACCCCUUACUUAUUCUGAUCCAGCUUGUGACCGAACCUUUAACCUGGCAGGCUGUAAUCCUCCAGUCAUGCGUUGCCUCCAUUCUCGACUCCGGGGUUCUGCAAUCCUCCGAAAAGAAUUCAUUUUCCAAGUUGUUGUUAUUGUUUGAACUCCAAAAUUCAAUCAAGUCUCUCAAGGAAACACUGGCGAUGGUCGCAAAAUGGUUGAGCGAGCAAAUUACCGAGUCUGGCGACGCAAAGUUGGCCUUGCUUUCCAUGCUGGAAACAGCAGCAGCAGAUGAAACAAUUGCAGGGCCGGGCAAAACAUUCCAAACUCUUCGAUCUCGUAUCCUCAAGCAGGUGGAUGAUGAGGCAGUGCAGUCGUGGACGGGUUCUGAAGUUAUAGAGGAGCUGGUGACGGGGCAAGUACGUACGCUGUCGGAGUUUCUUUUCUUCUGUGAGUCCAAAAUUAUGAUGCUGGACAAGCUCAAUGCUUCUCUUCUGAAUCCACCGACAGAUGAUGAUGAUGAUGAAAUAUGAGUGAUGAAGAAGAGGUAAAAACAUUAAACUCUUACAAAAAAAGACAAAAACAUUAAUCUUGAUUGAUUCUUGAGUUGUCACUCUGACUGCGCUGCGCACUGAUAGAUAUUCUUUAUUCCUACACAACACACCCACCCCACCCCACCCUGCUUUGAAUAAAAGACUUGCUCCUCUUCUCUUCUCUUUUGUUCUGUUCUGUUCUGUUCUGCUCUGUGCAUGAUCGAUCAUCAUCACUGUAUCUCUGCAUCUUCAUCUGCAUCCGUAUCUGUAUCUGUUAUGAAUAAGAACAGUUGACACGAUGAUGAUGAUGCAUUUACUACUACUAGUUGUACUUUAAUGAAUGGGCACUCUAGUCUAGUCUA